GCCCCGGCCUCCCUUCCCCAGGCUGGGUACAGAGGCGUUGCUGCUCCACGCACCUCCUGCUCAGCCACCAGCGCCGGGGCGGAGGAGGCAGCACGGCCCCAUGGCAGCCCGGCCGCCCGCCCUGUGCCUGCUGCUCGUGGUGGGGAUGUGGGCCGGCUGCGGGCAGAGAGGAGCAGUCCUGGGCGCUGCAGAAAAGCCCUUGCGGCUCUCAGGCGGUGGCUGCCGCUGUGCUGGGCUGCUGGAGGUGCAAAUGUUGAGCCGAUGGAGCCCCGUGUGCUGGGAUGGUGUGAGCCCGGGCAGCGUGUGUGAGCAGCUGGGCUGCAGGCCUCCUGCCAAGCUGAGCUCCGCGCCUCCCGACCUCGAGGAGCAGCAGGCAUGGGCUAUGCAGUGCAAGGGGAUGGAGAGGUGCCAAUGGAAGGCCGCCAACUGCAGCCAGCUCGCCGUUGUCACCUGCAGUGAGCCGGAGCCCACCAGCACCAAGCCCCCGUCUGUACCUCCCACCACCAGCCCCGAGCCCACCGGCGCCCCGUGGCUGCGGUUGGUGGAUGGCAACUUCAGCUGCUCGGGCUUUGUGGAGCUGCACCUGCGGGGGCGAUGGGGGGCCGUGGCGCUCAGCCCAGACGUUUGGCCGGAGCUGCCCGCCCGCAUCUGCCGUGAGCUUGGCUGCAACAACCCCAGUGGUGUCCCCAUGGGCGGCCCGAUGGGCGGCCCCGUGUCUCUGCCACCACAGAGCCGCCUGCCCGUGCGGUGGGAGGCGGUGGCGCCAUGCAGCAGCCCUGAGCUGCUCGACUGCUUCAACUGGACCAGCCACGGGCACGGGAAAGCAUCCGCCUUCCUCAUCUGCCCAGGUUCCCAGCCACGUGCCGGGCGCAGGCUGGCAGGCGGCCCCACGCCAUGCGAGGGGCACAUCGAGGUGUUCCAGAGGGGCCAGUGGCACACACUGUGUGACGAGCAGGCACACCGCGUGGAGCGAGGCCACCAGCUCUGCAGGGAGCUGCGCUGCGGGGACCUCUCCUCCAGCGCUGAGCUGCAGGAGCCCCGUGCCGGAGGGGUCAUCUGCAAGGAGCGUUACCUCCACCUCUGUCCCGAGAGCCCCGAGGAGGUCCACGGCUGCUCUCGCACCCACGUGGUCUGCCAGAAGUCGAAGCCGCCUCCUGCUGGCACCGCACCCGGCACGGUGGCCAGCAUCUGCCUGGCUCUGCUCCUGCUGGGAGUCCUGCUGCUCAUCUGCGGCCCCCCUGCCUACAGGAGGCUGAUGAAGAGGAUCUCCAAGAAGAAGCAGCGGCAGUGGAUCGGCCCCACGGGGCUGCACCAGAGCGUCUCCUUCCACCGCAACAGCACCGUCACCCCGAGGGUGAGAGUGGAGGAGCAGCAGAGGGCGCGGAGGGGAGACAACGAUUACGCUCAGCCCCCCCAGAAGAGCCCGUCGGCGUACCCAGCCCUGGAAGGCGCAGCACGAGCUUCCGGCGCCCCGGACAACUCCUCCGACAGCGAUUACGACCUGCACUCUGCCCACAGGCUGUGACAUGCAGAGGUAGGGCCGCCCCAUCGCCGGGAUCGGUUAAUUCGGCUGCACAGAGCUGGUGGAAUAGCUGGAUGGACGCCCACCCGUCCCCGUCCCCACGGUGCUGGAGCCCACCCGGCUCACUCGGGGACCUCUGUGCUGGAGCCGAGCCCACCCGCACCCUUCGCUGCGCUCACCUCUGACCCCGCAUCGGCCUCGGGGUGCUGCUGCACCCCGGCCUAUGGGCAACCCUUCGCUUCUUCCUGCUCAUCCUCUCACUUCUGGGCCUCCCCCCCCCCCCCCCCCAGCCUGGGAAAGUGCGAGGCGGGGGCUUUCUGAGCUCCGCGUGCAUCUGAAAGUUUGCACCGUGGGGCCAAGGGCUGCUGCCACGCCGCCGCCAGCCCCGGGGCCGCAAGCGGGGACAUGAAGUUGGCUGCGCGUGCGCGGGGGACAGCACAGGGCUGUGCAAAAAGCAAAGCACGCCUGGGCGGCGCAGGAGGAGGAGUAGAAACAUCGAGAAGCAACCCACCGAAUUGGUAAUAAAACCGUUGUUUCUGGUAA